AUGGUGGUGAAACAUGUCGUGGACGCCAAGCAGCUCCAGCACCUGUUCAGCCAGACCGAGAACCUGGUGGCGGUCAUGUACUCUGCCGAGUGGUGCAACAACUGCCGCAUGAUCCGCCCGCACUACUACAACCUGGCCGAGCAGAUGCCCAACGUGACCUUCGUGGAGGUAGACGUGGACGACGCCGAGCCGCUGGCCCGCUCGGCCGGCAUCACCUGCAUGCCCACCUUCCACUUCUUUAAGCGCUCCACCAAGAUGGGCGAGUUCUCGGGGACCAAGAGGGAGAAGCUGGAACAUCUACUCGAUGAGCUGCAGUGA